UAGAGCUGUGUGUUUGUGGGAGCCCCCAGUGGCGAGUGAUAAUAGCGCAGCUUUAUCUACAACAGGAAAUAGUCAUACAGGAAGUUGUGUCAGUCAGUUGGGAAAUUACAUGUGGCAGUCCAGUUUUUGUUAGCUCCACAAUCUGGCUUCAUCCAUCUUCUGGAGACUCGUUAAGCGCAUUGUCUUUUUACAAUAAAGAAUAUAAGAAUAUUCAAGAGCUUCAGUAAUCUCCAAUUCAGAAUCCCGUUCUCCUGGAAUUAUUCGAAGUUCAUGUUUAUGCUGACUGAAUAGCUAGAUUCCAGGAACAUCUAGUGAGAACAGUACAGUAAAAAGACAGCAUUACAACAAGCUCCACACAUCGGAGAGCAUCUACGUGGAACCUCAGCUAUCUUAAACAACAUUGAGCCACCUUUCACCUCAAGAUGAGUCAUGCAAGUUCCAAGACUGUCGGGGACAAAGCGGAACCUACGAACGACAAACUCAACGAGGAAACCCGGUCUCUACAAACCCGUUCAAGGGAAAGCGGUUCAUCCCUCAGUUCAAAUGCCAUGCUUGCCGUCGCAAGAGCACGAGCAAAAGCCGAAGCAGCUGAAGCCAGAGCAUCCUAUACUCAGCGGGAGAUAGCUUUAAAGGUUGAACAAGCCCGUAUACAAGCUACACUUGAAGCACUUCAGGUAGAGAAAGAAAGGGACGCUGCUAAAGCCGAAUUGGAAACCCUGGAAGCUGGCCUAGUUGAGAGUGAUCUAAGAUCUGCAGCCAAAAAACCUAUCCCUCUCUCACCUCUAAAACGGCUGCAACAUACGGAGGAAUACGUGAAGGAGCAGUCACGUAUUAAGUCAUCACACCAUUCCAAUAUGGACGAAGCCCCAUUUCACACACCAUAUGUGACACGCCAAUGGCAAACUGGACUUCCACGUGAUGAUCAAGGCAGCCUUCCCAUCAAAAACAAGCAUGGGGUCUCACACAUAGGCGAACAGCCCUCCAAUCAACACCAGUCUUCUACUCACCCACAUGGGGCCUUCGGCAUAAAUCCACGUAUUUCAGAGUACGACAGAACACCUACCAACCACGAUCUUGCCAAGUGUCUGGCUCGCAACCAGCUCCUCACAACAGGCCUAAGCACCUUCGACGACAAACCAGAGAACUAUUGGGCCUGGAAAUCGUCUUUCAAGAGUGCCAUUGCUGGAUUAGACCUUACAGCAGGAGAAGAGCUGGACCUCCUCAGUAGAUGGCUUGGCAGAGAGUCUUCAGAGCACGUUCGCAGGCUCAAAGCAGCGAACAUCAGAUGUCCGCCAGCUGGACUAAGUAUGGCCUGGGAGAGGCUGGAAGAGACGUACGGCUCACCUGAAGCCAUCGAGCGAGCUCUCUUCUCCAAAUUAGAGCGUUUCCCAAAACUAACAAACAAAGAACCACAAAAGCUCCGUGAACUCGGAGAUCUGUUGCUAGAGGUCAAAGCAGCAAAGCUGGAUGGCUACCUACCUGGGCUAGCAUACUUGGACACAUCCAGGGGAGUUCAUCCCAUCGCCGAAAAGUUGCCCUAUAAUCUCCAGGAAAGGUGGAUGUCAUACGGGUCGAGAUACAAACGUGAUAACAACGUCAGCUUUCCUCCAUUUCCUGUCUUUGUCGACUUCGUGCGCACAGAAGCUAUGACACGUACAGAUCCCAGCUUCAACUUCGCCGUUUCUCAAGCACCGUCAGAACCAAGAAAGGGCUCAGACAGGUUUACCAGAGCAUCUGUAUCCGUCAACAAGACAACUGUGUUCCCAUCCAAGGAAUACGGAGGUACAAAUAAAUCAGUUAACGACAACAAGCUCUGUCCCAUACAUGGGAAGCCUCAUCCGCUGAAAAAGUGCAGAAGCUUCAGGGAGAAGACCAUCGAGGAUCGCAAACAAUUCCUGAAAGAUCACUCCAUAUGCUUUAGAUGCUGUUCAUCCACAGAACAUCUCGCAAGAGACUGCAAAGCGGAAGUACAAUGCGGAGAAUGCCAGAGUGAUCGUCAUCCGUCAGCCCUCCAUCCGGGUCCCCCCCCAAUGGACAUCCAGGCCCUUCACCUCUUCUCCAGAGCAUGGCGGGGAGGAGGACAAGGGCUCAAAGAGACAACUGGACGAAGGGCCCAUGGUUACGUUAUAGAGUCAAUCGACCAGAAGAUCAGUCUUCGUCUCCCUACACUCAUUGAAUGUAACCAGAUCCCCAACAACCGUUCAGAGAUUCCAACCCCUGAUGCAGCUUUGCACCACAAUCACCUGAGGAAGAUGGCGGACGAGAUACCAUCCCUUGAUCCGCAAGCAGAAAUACUCUUGUUGCUUGGCAGGGACAUCCUUAGAGUCCAUAAAAUCAGGAAGCAAAUCAACGGGCCACACAAUGCUCCAUUCGCCCAGAAGUUGGACCUUGGUUGGGUCGUAAUCGGCGACGUCUGCCUAGGAGGGGCUCACAAGCCAUCUGUAGUGAGCACGCUCAAGACUGCCAUCUUGGAAAAUGGCCGCCCAAGCUACCUGCAGCCCUGUGGCAGUCAAGUGCAAGUAAAAGAAAGAUUUGGUCACGACACUAUGCACCAAGCUUUCCCAGUGACUUCUUCAGACAGUUCACCCUCAACAAUAGAUGAAGAGAAUCUGGGUCAAUUCAUCUUUCGUCGCACUCCCAGCGACCACAAACUCGCCCCCUCAAUAGACGACACAAGGUUUCUCCGCAUCAUGGACAGUGAGGUCCAUCAAGACAACUCCAACAGCUGGGUUGCUCCCUUGCCCUUUAAGACACCCAGACAAAGGCUACCAAACAACAGAGACUGUGCCUAUAAUCGUCUAAUCUCACUCCGUCGGACCUUAGAGAAACGUCCCCAGAUGAAGACACACUUCCUGGAAUUUAUUGAGAAAUUGUUCAAGAACGAACACGCAGAGGUAGCUCCUCCACUGCAGGAAGGCCAAGAAGUCUGGUAUCUCCCCUCCUUUGGAGUCUAUCAUCCGAAGAAGCCGGAGCAGAUUCGAGUUGUCUUCGACUCUAGUGCAGCCUAUCAGGGCGUCUCACUCAACAACGUGCUUCUCCGAGGCCCAGACCUGAACAACACCCUCAUUGGUGUACUCAUGAGGUUCAGAAAAGAUCUCGUCGCAAUAACAGCUGACGUCCAGCACAUGUUUCACUGUUUCGUCGUGAAAAAAGAGCAUAGAGAUUUUCUGCGUUUCCUGUGGUAUCGCAAUAACGAUCUCGACAGCGACAUCGUGGAGUACAGAAUGCGUGUCCACGUCUUUGGAAACAGCCCUUCCCCAGCCGUUGCCAUCUAUGGGUUGAGGAGAGCAGCGAGAGAAGAAGAAAACGACUUCGGCGGCGAUGCAAGAAGGUUGGUCGAAAGAGAGUUCUACGUUGACGACUUGUUAAAGUCCUGCCCCACUGAGGGAGAAGCUAUCAGUGUCCUCAAGCGAGCUCAAGAAAUGCUCGCCGUUUCCAACCUUCGGUUGCAUAAAGUGGCCUCUAACCGACAAGCCGUCAUCGAUGCUUUCAGCCCAGAAGAUCGGGCCAAAGACAUCCAAGAGCGCAAUCUUUUCAGCGACGAUAUGCCACUGCAACGGACUCUAGGAGUGACAUGGAGCAUAACAGCAGAUACGUUCAUGUUCCAAGUUGCUGCUGAACAGAAACCCUUCACCCGGCGAGGAGUGCUUUCAACCGCAUGGAAGUAG